UAUAUAUAUAUAUAUUUGUAUAACAGAGCGAAAAUUUAUUACACGUUGGUUCUAUAUGCGUGUAUAUUUAUUUAUACCAAGAGCUAACACCUAUUCGUUCACAAAAUGGCUUCAUCACUCAACCUCAUCCACGUAGCGCGAGUCACCCCUUCAUCUGACUCGGGUGAGUCAGUUACACUCCCCCUCACCUUCUUCGACGCCCUCUGGCUAAAAUUCCCCCCAGUCGAACGACUCAUCUUCUACCCACUCACCACUGCAACUCGCCCGUACUUCGACUCAGUCAUCGUCCCUAAUCUCAAGGCCUCUCUCUCUCACACCCUGUCCCACUACCUCCCACUUGCCGGCCGACUCGUCCUUGACUCGCUUGACGCGAAUCCCAGACUCGUUUACUCCGCGAACGACGCCGUUUCUCUCACCGUCGCCGAAUACGACGCCGACUUUUCCCACUUGUCCGGAGAUGGACCGCGUUGCGCCACCGAGUUGUACCCGUUGGUACCCGAGUUGCAUAUCUCCGAUGACUCGGCCUCUGCUGUGUCGUUUCAGGUCACGUUGUUCCCGGACCAGGGGUUUUGCAUCGGCGUAAGCGCACAUCAUGCCGUUUUGGACGGAAAAACGGCAACCAUGUUCCUUAAAGCUUGGGCUCACAUAAGCAAACAACGACAACACGAGGAACCAAACAACUUCGACCUUUCUUUACCGCAGGAUCUAAUCCCCUUUUACGAUCGAACGGUCAUAAACGCUCCGCCGGAGCUCAUGUCGGAGGUGUUGAACACUUGGUUCUAUUUUGUCGAAAAAUUCUCCGGCGACGUAGAUAAAGCCAAGCCCUUAAACCUGAAUCUUAUACCCUUUCCGGAGAUUGGCUCCGACGUUCUGCGGUACACGUUCGAGUUGACUCGGGGCGACCUCCAGACCCUGCGUGACCGAGUCAUGACCGAGUCUCCGCCGGAAGUAAACUCGAAAGAGCUUCGCUUGUCGACGUUCGUGUUAGCCUUCUCGUACGCGUUCGCGUGCAUGGUUAAAGCCCGAGGCGGAGAUCCGAAACGACCCGUCGGGUAUGGGUUCGCCGUCGACUGCCGGAAAAUCUUCGACCCACCGAUUCCGGGAAACUAUUUCGGUAAUUGCGUCUCCGGCGGCCUGAAGCUUAAUCUGACGGCGGAGAAGUUUCUUGGGGAAAAAGGGUUUGUAACCGCCGUUAAAAUGGUUAGCGACACGGUGGCGGGGUUGGACCCGAAGGUCGGCGUGAAGAUACCGGAGAUUCUGCGAGGGUAUAUGAGUGUUCGACCCGGGACACAGUUACUGUCGGUUGCCGGGUCGACCCGGUUCGGGGUUUACGGGUUGGAUAUCGGGUGGGGAAGACCCGUUAAGGUCGAGAUCGUGUCGAUCGAUCACGGCGAAUCGAUAUCAAUGGCGGAAAGCAGAGAUGGAAGUGGUGGUGUGGAGAUUGGCUUCUCGCUCAAGAAACACGAGAUGGACGUUCUCAUUCCUUUGCUUCGCCAUGGAUUGAAGAAUUAAUGAAUAAUAAGAGUUGUGUGUGUUUUUUUUUAAAUCGUUGUGUGUUUUUUUUUUCUUAUUUGCUUUUUGCCGGAAUAAAUACAGAGAUGUAUACGUAUCGAUUUGAAUGAGAAUUCAGUUCCCUACAAAAUCAGUUGGGGAUGGUGA